AUGGACAUUAUUUUAGGGAUCAGAGUGCAGGACUGCACCAUCAUCGCCACCUCGAAAGCGUUCACCAGAGGGAUCUCCAUCUUAAACUCUACCGACGAUAAGACCAGACAGCUCGGCGAGCACUCCCUAAUGGCCUUUACCGGUGAAUCCGGUGACACAGUUCAAUUUGCGGAGUACAUCCAGGCAAACAUGCAGCUCCAUGCGAUGCGUGAGAGCUACGAGUUGUCUCCUAAGGCAACAGCCAGUUUUGUGAGAAACCAGUUGGCGUCGUCGCUCAGAUCAAGAAAGCCGUACCAGGUGAACGUGCUCAUUGCUGGGUUUGACACUAAAACAGAGAAGCCGUCGCUCAACUGGCUCGACUAUUUGGGUACCAAUGUGGAGUUGCCGUACUGUGCCCACGGCUACGCUGCUUUCUACACCUCUUCCUUAUUGGACAGACACUACCGUGCUGACAUGACACAGCAGGAGGGAUUGGACUUGUUACAAUUAUGCGUCAAGGAGUUGCAGCUUAGAAUGCCAAUGGACUUCAAGGGCGUUUUGGUCAAGGUGGUCAGCAACGAGGGAGUCAAGAUCGUGGAUUUUUAA